CUCCCAUGACUGAGUAUCACCCUCCCCAGGAAGGAAAAUCCUCCUGGAGCAGAGUCCCGUCAGGAGCUUCUGGCUGUUCGGUUGGAGGAAGACUCUAAAGGUGGCGGUGAGGCGGAUUCUGGGUCCCUUAAACCCACGAACAAGAGCAGAAGCAGCCGGUGACACUCUGCUGCGCCUCACCUUCAUCACCUUCAUCAUGUUCCUGAGCGGCAGCGCGCUGCGCGUGUCCGCUAAGGUGUUUCCGCGGUCCGCUAGGAGAGGCAUGGUCACGUGGCAGCAGCUCCCGACUUCCGCCGUAGCGCCGGACUGGGCGGGAAUCGAACCGCCGACCCGCAGACACAGAACCGCCAGACCGGCCCACGCGGUCUGGCUGUUGUCCAGAGGAAUUCACCUGAGCCCCGGGGGGCGGAGUCAGGGGGAACCGGGCCCGGUCAGCCGGCUGUCUGAAGCCGCCUAUGAGAAGCUGGCUGAGGAGACUCUGGACGCUCUGGCCGAGUUCUUCGAGGACCUGGCUGAUGAGGACGUGGCUGGAGAAGAGCUGGACGUGCUUUUUUCUAGUGGCGUUCUGACGGUGAAGGUGGGCGGAGACUACGGCACCUAUGUCAUCAAUAAACAGACGCCCAACAAACAGAUCUGGCUUUCUUCUCCAACCAGCGGGCCGAAGCGCUACGAUUGGAGCGGCGAGCGCUGGCUGUACUACCACGACGGCGUCAGCCUCCACCAGCUGCUGUCCCAGGAGUUUUCCCUCAUCUUCAAGAGGAACAUCAACCUGCUGGACCUCCCUCAUUCCUGAAACGGACCUCUGCGGAGUUCCGCCACUGUCGGCUGAAGGAGCCCCAGGUUUGAUCCCAGAACACCUCAGAGGAACCAGGAUGUUCCGGAGCAGCCCGCGUCACGGGGAAAAGAGCGUUCCUCUUCCUCUGCAGGUUCUGCUCUGCCGACAAAUCAACACUUUAAGACCCGAGUCUGAACCACGUCAUGAUCCAAAAGACGGUUCCUCCUCCCCUGUGCGGUUCUGCUUCUUGUCUGUGCUAGAACGUCGGUUUCUGAAAGUUGCUUUGAGCCAAAGUCAGGAGGUGAAACAGGAAUCCUCAGAUUCUGCUGAACAACGUCAGGAAGAAGGAAACCAGUCGGGUCUCAAACCAGCAACCUCCUCUAGACCCGCUGCACCACAGCCCUGGGGGGGGGGUAUUCUGUCUAAUGUGAACCCUCAUAAAGACUUUCAGACGUUUA